AUGAUUUUAUUGGCAUUUGGAAUGACAGGAGAAAUGAUUUAUUCUGUGGCUGGACUACUUGGAUUAACCGGUGAUCCAAAUUGGCAGCCAUUAACUAUUAUACUUUUAGCUGUUGCCUUACAAAGCUGUUUAAUUUAUAUUGCUGGAAAACUUCGUGUUGGUAAUGACCCCAUUUUGCGUGAAAGACAACCAGGAAAACAAGCAAUAACAUUUUUAUUGCUAGCAAAUAUUUCAAUGUUUCUUAUGAAUUUAUUAGAAGCUGAGAAGGCUGGGGUUAGUGAAACUGUUGUUAAUUUUUAUGGAAAGAGGAGUUGGGUAUUCCUUGUUCGUUCUUUUUCACCUCUAACAAUUUUUUACCGGUUCCAUAGUUCUGUUUGUAUGUUUUUACGUACUUUUAAUUAA